AUGGAGGCUUCCCUUGCCCUUUCUUGCCUCUUCAGAAUGACCGACAGAGAGGAUCUGGUGUACCGAGCCAAAUUGGCUGAACAAGUUGAAAGAUACGAUGAAAUGGUAGAGGCUAUGAAGCAAGUGGUUAAAUUGGGGAAUGAGCUCUCAGUAGAAGAAAGAAACUUGCUAUCAGUCGCCUAUAAAAAUGUCAUUGGUGCUCGCAGAUCGUCGUGGCGUGUCAUCAGUACGAUUGAACAGCGCGAGGAAACUAGAGGAAAUAAAGAGAAAAUUCCACUUGUCAAAGCCUUCCGACAACAAUUUGAGAGUGAACUCAAAAAAGUUUCCGUUGAAAUUCUCGAACUACUUGAUGAGUAUUUACUUAAGCAAGCCUCUACACCGGAAUCGAAAGUCUUUUAUCUUAAGAUGAAAGGCGAUUAUUAUCGCUAUAUGGCAGAAUUCUCUGUCGACGCUGAGCGUGAGCAAGUGGCUCAGAAUAGCUUAGAUGCUUACAAAGAGGCUUCUCACAUCUCAUCUGUUGAACUUCCGUCUACUCAUCCUAUAAGACUUGGCCUUGCUCUCAAUUUCUCUGUAUUCUACUAUGAAAUAAAAAAUUUACCCGACGAAGCGUGCAAGUUGGCGCGAACCGCAUUCGAUAAUGCUAUUGCCGAACUUGACAGCCUUUCUGAGGAAAGCUACAAAGAUUCCACCUUGAUUAUGCAACUUUUACGCGAUAACUUAACCCUUUGGACUUCAGACAUUGACAAUGAA